GCGCUGAAGUGGCAGUCGCAGGCGUUGGCGGGGCUGCCGACGAUGGUGGAUGUGUGGAAGACGGCGUCGGCGGACCUGGGGAAGCGGUUCGCGCAGGCCAAGAAGGCCGCGAUCGACGGCAGGGUCGCCACGGUGACGGUGCUGGGCGUGGAUCUGGUGGACGUGGAGCUGCUGGACCGCGGGGAGAUCCAGAACCGCGACACGGAUUAUACCUCCUUCGCGCAUACCUUUGUGUUGGCGGUGGGGCGGGAAGGCUUUCGGGUCUACCAGGCGUGGCGCGCGCGGGGCCAUCGGUUCGACCAGUACUUGGUGAAUGAUGGGUCGAGGCUUCGCUCGUGGGCCGAGUCGAAGUCCUUCCUCCGAAGCUUCGGCAGGCUCUGUCGGUCUCAGAAGAAAUGGUCGCCGGAGUUGAACAGUGCGUAUGCAGAGUGUUUUGGCAUUGAUCUGGACUCGAUCUGUGGGGACGGACGGCCGAAGCUUCCUAUUGUCCCUGUUUACCGGCCCUGGGUGAGAAUCUUCGAAAUCAACGACGUCAAGGCCGAACAUAUCAGGAAGUUU